AUGGCGGACAGAGAAGGAAAGUGUAGCUCUGAUGUACACUCAGAGGAUCAGCGAGCACUCAUUUUCUUCUGCACUGGAAAUGCCAACAAAUUGGCCGAGGUUCAGAAGAUCCUAGACAGCCGAGACGUUCGGCUUAUUGCUGCAGACCUUGACCUGCCAGAGCUUCAAGGCGCAUCACCAGCAGAGAUUGCAGAGGCCAAGUGCCGCACUGCUGUACGCCAGUUGCGUCUGAAUAAGACAGAGAUCCCCCCGUCAUCACUCUUGAUGACUGAAGACACCUGCUUGUGCUUCAAUGCUAUCAAGGGGCUGCCGGGACCAUAUGUAAAAUGGUUCCUCCAGAAACUCGGACCUGAGGGAUUGCCGAAACUUAUCGGGGCUUACGAGGACAAAAGCGGCUACGCCCUCUGCACAGUGUGCGUGGCGGAGAUCGGCGACGGCUCCGGUGAUGAAGGCGAACCGCGCAUUCACACUCUUCAGGGGCGCACUGACGGCACUAUCGUGGCGGAGCCGCGGGGCCCGCGUGAUUUUGGCUGGGACCCGAUCUUCCAGCCAGAUGGCUACAACCUGACAUACGCAGAGAUGGAUAAAGCGGUUAAGAAUUCUAUCUCUCAUCGAUAUAAAGCGAUGCAAGCGCUCAAGGAUUUCCUGAAGCAGAAAAGCGGCAACACAUUCUGA